CGGAAGUGUUCGUGUGGAGCGGAACUCAGGGUGUGGAGUGUCCCUGGGUCUGUCGCAGGGCGGUAUAAAAUUAUUAACAAAUAGCACUGUCAUUGUGCGAUUCAUUAAAGAAUCGGUUUCCGCCAUGGAAUUGAGCGAAAUAUUGUAUAACAAAGCGGAAUAUAUUGAAACGGCAUCUGGCAAUAAAGUAAGCAGACAGUCAGUGCUGUGCGGCAGCCAGAACAUUGUCCUGAAUGGCAAAACUAUCGUCAUGAAUGACUGCAUCAUCCGAGGGGAUCUCGCCAACGUCAGAGUGGGAAGGCAGUGUGUAAUAAAAAGUCGGAGUGUCAUUCGCCCUCCUUUCAAAAAGUUCAGCAAGGGUGUGGCCUUCUUCCCUCUGCACAUCGGCGAUCAUGUGUUCAUCGAGGAGGACUGUGUGGUGAACGCCGCACAGAUCGGCUCCUACGUACACAUCGGCAAGAACUGUGUCAUCGGAAGACGAUGUGUCCUGAAGGAUUGCUGUAAGAUUCUGGACAACACUGUCCUUCCUCCCGAAACCGUGGUCCCUCCUUUCACGGUGUUCUCCGGAUGUCCGGGGCUGUUCUCGGGAGAGCUCCCGGAAUGCACACAGGAGCUCAUGAUCGAUGUCACCAAGAGUUACUACCAGAAAUUCCUCCCCCUCAGCCAGAUAUAAGGGCUGCGUCCUGCGUUUGGACCGAUAUGGACUGAAUGGGCAGUGGAGCAUGACCUCCCCCUGGAUCGUUUUUCCACGUGGUCACACGUUUAAUGAUGAGCUCAUACUCUUUCUCCGUGCCCAUUUAACCUGUCCAGGAAACGGCGUUGUUUCUGGCACUUUCUCGUUCGAUCAGCUGAAAACAUGUGUAAAACGGCCACCUCUUUUAUCCCGCGUCCGUCUCCUGAAUUUGUGCAAUCGCUUCCGAUAAGCUGGCUCUGUUGUCUCGUACUGGGUGUUCUUUUGCAUUUGACAGGGAGCUGCUCUCUGUUAGCCAGCCGGCCUGUCUCUUGCAUGCCCCAGUUUCCUCAACUGAUGGGGACAGACGUGUCCGCCCACAUGUUUACACGGAGAGUACUCGCUCUGUGUCACGCCAGCUCUACUGACAACCACCACAAGAUACUAUUGACCCUCAUCUUAUGCAAAAUGUGGGACGAAAAAAAAAAAAUCCACUUUGCUCCUGCCCGCUUUUUUUAAUCCUCUGCUUUUAUUUAAUGUUAUAUUGUAUUUAUGGAGGUUUCAUGCAGCUUGUUGUCAAAGCGGCACUACAGUGCAACCCAAUACAAAGUGGAAAAUGUAGAAAUAAAUGUGUAUUGUAACA